UAUCAUCGGUACUGAGUUCUAGUUAAAGAAGCAGCAGGGGAGAGACUCUGACAGUCGAGAGCCAGAGACCGAGAGAGAAGCACGAUGUCUGAAUUCAGAAGGAUCAUGAUGUCUUCAUUCCUGAUGCUGCUGCUCCACUUUCCAGAUUUGAAAGGUUACUCCCUCACUGUCAGACCUGGAGAUGAAGUCACUUUGCCUUUUGACAAUGUGAUAGAUGAUCAGGAUAAGUGUGAGAGUACUGAGUGGCUCUUCAGACAUUCAAGAAGCUCAGGAGUGACGCUGUUUAAAGAUGGACAGAUUCACAAAGAAGCCAAAGCUAAAUCAGACAGACUGAGAGUUACACAGAAUUGUUCUCUGGUUAUAAAGAAGGUCACAGAGGAGGAUGCUGGUCUUUACGGCUGCAGCCAGUUCAGAUCAGGAGUACAACAAGGUUCAGCCUCUGUGGUUUAUCUGCAUGUUGUUACCAUGACUGAACAUCAGGACAAUGAUGAGGUGACGUUAAACUGCUCUGUGUCGACAUAUGGACGGUGUGAUCAAACAGCGAAGUGGCUGCUUCAGGGUCAAGAUGUGGAUAAAGAUCACAGAGAGAUAAAGACAUCACAGUCUUCCUGCUCUGCCUCUGUGACAUUUCUGACUUCUCUCUUUAGUUACACAACAAGGUCUGAGUUGUUUACUUGUAAAGUAACUGAUGAGCUCACAGGAGACGUACAGGUGUUUCUCUUCAGCGAUCAGUCCUCAGGAGAUGCUACAACAACUGGAACACCAACAAUUCAUGAAUGGACAUCUGAAAACAACAACAACAAAGAAAAAGGACCAGCUGUGUGGUGGCUCAUCAUGGUGCCUGUGGGGUUAGCAGCUCUCAUCAUCACCGUGGUUACAGUCCUCAUCUGGACCAGAGCUAAAGGGGACAAAAAACGGAUGACAAAAAACCUCGUGCCUUACAAACAAUGGACGUCCGCUCUCGGGAGCUUCUAA